CUUUCUGUUAUGAAUUUGUCGGUCGCUCUUUGAAAGCCUUUAACAGUAGAUGAAUUUUGUCUUUUGCAAUAUGCCGCGUACGUAUUCUAAUAGUGAAUAUGCUGAUAUGGUUUUUGUAUACGGUUUCUGCAACGGUAAUGCUUUAAAGGCGGUGCGAGAAUAUGCGCGACGAUUUCCAAACAGAAGAGUGCCAAACCGAAGAGUGUUUAUGUUGACAUUUAAUAGAUUGCGAGAGACUGGAUCAUUUUCAAUUCGACAAGAAAACAACCGAUUUCAAGCAGCGUUACGAAGAGAUUUGCAGGUAGGGAAUCGUAUUUUACAACAUUUUGACAAUCAUCCUGAGACCAGCGUUCGGAAUGCGUCGGCUGUAUUGGGAGUGUCACCACAAACAAUUUGGCGAACUGUAAAAGGAGAUAAUCGCUAUCCCUACCACAUUCAAAAAGUGCAAAAUUUAUUACCUCAAGAUCAUUGGAACAGAUUGAAUGCUUGUAUUGCUGCAAGAGGUGCACAUUUCGAACAAAAUCUUCAUUAAAAAGUUUGUAAAUAAAAUAAUUAAAAUAAUAAAUUAAAUUAUAU